CUGCACAAGCCAUAGAUUAGUCGAAUCGUCGAUCUCCAGAUUGUUUGGACAGUGUUUCGAAACAGUUGUGGUUCUUUGGGGCGGAUAAAGUACAAAAAGUGACCCAUUUAAUAUAGUAAUAUAGUAACGGCGAUGUCGAAGAAUGUUUCCAGCAGAAAAAACUUUUAAGACGACAUUUCGAAAAAUGAGUCCAAACCGAAGGGUGGAUUGAAAUAGAAAACUCUGUAAUACCUGAAGACAUUAAAGAAAUUCUAUCAGUACACACCAUAGAGGAACAACGAGGCCAACCAAUGGAGAUAAACAGCUUCGAGGAGGCUACCGUAGUUAUAAUUUCGAUAAAUUCCAUUCUGGCAUUACGGAAUCACAAGUAUCCCGCAAACAAAUUGAAAUUACUAUUCGUCUGGUUAUAUAACAUUCUAAUUCUAUGCUUUGUUAUUAUGAGUCUGAUAUACCACGAUGUGUGGAACAUGAAGAAACUAUCGGGCAAUCCAUUCCGUAUGACGUACAUGUUUAUAUCGUUCGUUUUUACCGUGACUUAUUUGUGUACAAUAAUAUUGGGAUGGCACUACUCUAAGGCCACAUCGACGCUCAGAACGAAGAUAGCCGAAGUAGACGAAAGCUUAAGGAAAUUAGGAUCGUCGAUCGAUUAUCGUAAUUUUCUUUAUCGCGUGAUAGAGCUUGGAAUUGUGAUUGUCAUUUACUUCGUUGUAUUUCUCGGAUUAUAUUUUUACAGAUUACAGGAACAAAUAUCGAGAUUUAUGGUUUUAAUCGUUACCUUUAGCUUCGGUUUUAUACUUAACCUUGAUACAAUCAUCCUAUAUGACUUCGUGACAUAUGUGUAUUGGCUGGAAUUGAAGUUCAAGCAGACGAAUGAUCUUUUAAAAAUGUUACACGCGGACAAUCGACGAAUUUGGAUCAGAGAGCUAAACACUGCAAGAAAUCGACGAAGUCAGUUUUUAAAAAUUUUCAAUACGUACGCGACUGAGUUUCAUUUUCAAAGAUCCCAGACAGCCCCUUCUGAAUCACCCGAAUCAACCGUAAACAAAAUAGAAUUCCUGAAAGAUAUCAGAUUCGUGCAUCUGCAGCUGUACGACAUCAUAAAAAUGGUGAACAAAGUGUUUAAAGCGCAAUUAAUGAUACAGACCACCAACAUUGUGAUAUACAUUACCAUGACCUUGUACUUUACUUACGCUAAAAUUAAAUCGCCAGCUGACUACUCGAACAAUUCGACAUUACUGUUUAUACAUUUCAUAGAGUUAUCGAGUAAUAUUGGAAAAAUUAUUCUGGCGUGCUACAUCUGCGAACGUGCUGCGAGAGAGGCAAACAAAGUGAGAGAUAUCAUUCACUCGGUUUCUGUACACGAAUUUGAUAAGGAAAUGAAGGAUGAGGUGAGAAUAACUGAAGACAGCAAUUAA